AUGCAGGUUUCUAUACUCACAAUUUGUGAAGCAAAAUCUUUCAAAAGAUUGGGAUUCAUGUUUCUGGCAAUUGAUUUGUGGAUGGCUAUGACUGUUGCUAUUGCUAUUGCAAACGUAGUGUUGAAUUAG